CAAGCACUGGCCGAGGGGCCCCCCGGGCCGCGCCGCUAUGGCGGCCGUGUUUGAUCUGGACCUGGAGACGGAGGAAGGCAGCGAGGGUGAGCCAGAGUCGAGCCCCUCGGACGUGUGUCCCCUUGCCGAGUCGAGGGCGGCUGGCCUGGAGCCUGUGGGACGCUGUGAGGAGGUGGAGCUGACCGAGACCAGUGUGAACCUGGGCCCUGAGCGCAUCGGGCCCCACUGCUUCGAGCUGCUGCGUGUGCUGGGCAAGGGGGGCUAUGGCAAGGUGUUCCAAGUGCGAAAAGUGCAAGGCACCAACUCGGGCAAAAUAUAUGCCAUGAAAGUCCUGAGGAAGGCCAAAAUUGUGCGCAACGCCAAGGACACAGCACACACGCGGGCUGAACGGAACAUUCUAGAGUCAGUGAAGCACCCCUUCAUUGUGGAACUGGCCUAUGCCUUCCAGACUGGUGGCAAACUCUACCUCAUCCUCGAGUGCCUCAGUGGCGGUGAGCUCUUCACGCAUCUGGAGCGAGAGGGCAUCUUCCUGGAAGACACAGCCUGUUUCUACCUGGCGGAGAUCACACUGGCCCUGGGCCACCUGCACUCCCAAGGCAUCAUCUACCGGGACCUCAAACCCGAGAACAUCAUGCUCAACAGCCAGGGCCACAUCAAACUGACGGACUUUGGACUCUGCAAGGAGUCAAUCCACGAGGAUGCGGUCACCCACACUUUCUGUGGCACCAUUGAGUACAUGGCCCCUGAGAUUCUGGUGCGCAGUGGCCACAACCGGGCGGUGGACUGGUGGAGCCUGGGCGCCCUGAUGUAUGACAUGCUCACCGGCUCGCCACCCUUCACGGCAGAGAACCGGAAGAAGACGAUGGACAAGAUCAUCAAAGGGAAGCUGGCGCUACCCCCCUACCUCACCCCGGAUGCCCGGGACCUUGUCAAAAAGUUUCUGAAACGGAAUCCCAGCCAGCGGAUUGGGGGUGGCCCCGGGGACGCUGCUGAUGUGCAGAGGCACCCUUUCUUCCGGCACAUUAACUGGAACGACCUCCUGGCUCGCCGCGUCGACCCUCCUAUCAGGCCGUCUCUGCAGUCAGAGGAGGACGUGAGCCAGUUCGACACCCACUUCACACGGCAGACGCCGGUGGACAGUCCUGACGACACGGCCCUCAGCGAGAGCGCCAACCAGGCCUUCUUGGGCUUCACAUAUGUGGCCCCCUCCGUCCUGGACAGCAUCAAGGAGGGCUUCUCCUUUCAGCCUAAGCUGCGCUCCCCCAGGCGCCUCAACAGCAGCCCCCGGACCCCGGUCAGCCCCCUGAAGUUCUCGCCCUUUGAGGGAUUCCGGCCCAGCUCUGGCCCACUGGAGCCCACGGAGCCCCCUCUCGCCCCUCUCCCGCCACCGCCGCCCUCAAGCUCUGCCCCCCUCCCCAUCCGACCCCCCUCAGGGACCAAGAAGUCUAAGAGGGGCCGUGGGCGCCCAGGGCGCUAAGAGGAUGGGGCUCUGAGAGCAGGUGGGACCCUGGGCCGGUUCGAGAGACCUGGAGAUGGGUCUAGGGGUACAGGAGUGAGUGUGUGUGAGAGCGUGUCUCUGCUGGGGGUGGCUGUCCCCCCGAACCAAGCCCACGAAGGGCCAUAGGCUCUGGCUGUCACGGGAGUGGCCUCGCCGCCCAACUGGCCUACACUUGAGCUGUGCCCUUGAAGAAUUAAAAUAUUGAAUCAUG